AUGGGCAUCCUGAAGUUUUUCUCUUCCAAGAGGCUGUCGGACAAGCCGUCAAACGGUAUCAAGGUGCAGGCCUACGAUGCCACCACUGCCUCCCUCCCCCCGCUCUUAGGGACCUAUCCUGUGGCUGGGAAUGGCCCAACCAAUGUCUUUGAGAACCUCCAGCGGUCUCAUCACAAGAUGAGCGAGACCAAUUUGUCUCUCGCAGCAGGCUCUGACACAGCAGCUCCGGCCCCGCCCGUUCCACGAUUCCGCGAUGCCAGUGUCGAACGCCCAAGUUCCGCCCCCGGCAGCGCCAUGUUUGACGCGUCCCCGUCAGGCCGGAGAGGGAGAGAUUCAUCGAGAGGCUCGCCGCUAUCGUUUAGAAAAUCACGAGUUGGAUCGGUACCAUCUACGACGUCGGGCUUAUCCCCCACGCCGAAGCGGAAAACCAAUUCCCCGGCCGUCCCUUUUGAAGGCGACCCGUUCCGACCUCCGGCAGCUCCGUUUUCACAUUCUCGCCAUUUCUCCUUGCAAAAUACCGGCAUGGCUGCGAGGGGCUUUAUCGACCUGCUCGACGCCCAGUCCGAGAUCAAGCCCUCCGGCUUCCAAAGUCGGGUGAAGGCGUCGGGAGUGCGGGAUUACGGUGAAGAUGUUGCCGACAGGAACAUUGGUGAAAACGGAGUCGAUCUAACGUCCGAAAGGGUUCGGGCAUUCUACGCAUCAACGAGCACUCCGCGAGCCCAAUAUACGGGGGUGUUCGCGUCAACUUCGGCGAGGGGCUCUCCUACGGACAAGCAUGAAAGGUUUCAGCCUUCCCGGCGCCUCCACUCCAUGGAUACCGAAGGCCGCACAAAGUCUCUGACCACAUCGAGCGCCCAAGUCCCAUUCCGUACCAACAUGUUCAACCCAGAGGGCUCUCUUAGCCGCGAACCAAUCAUGGAAUCCGUUGCCGAGUCCGUUCGCGUCAGGCGAAGGCAAUCGCUUGGUGCCUAUAUCCCAGUCACGCCGUCGUCACUUGCGGCAGACGGGGCCCUAGAUGCUCACAGGUUGACAGUGGACACGGAUGGCCCCCAACGUGUCAGGCAACACAAAAGACGGUCUACACUCAGCGGCGAAGCACCAAUGAACGAACUGGGCAUUUUCUCGGCUUCGGGCGGUGCAAAUGCCGAGUCUUCAUCAUCGUCAAAGACGCCCCCCAAACCAGCGUAUCUGGUCAAACACAACUAUUCGUUGCCUGUACAACAACGGCCGAAAACCUCGGGCCAUACUCCUGUUGAGUCGUAUCAAGGGGUGAGGCCGCCAUCCCGCGCAGGGUCAGUAGCCAGUUCCAAAUUCUCCUCCCCAACCCAGAAGUCGCCAUCCCAACAGCACACCCUGUUCGCCAAAGGUGUAGCUGCCCGCCAGACCGAGAGGCCGCAGAGAGCGAUGCCCGACGGAGGGAGUGGCACCAGAGGAUGGGUCGGCCGAGUUGAGGUCGAGGGCUUUGUUGAUUCUGCGGAUGUGGCCUCGCCGGCGCCUUCACCUCAUGUGAUGAGAAGUGGCCACUCGUGGCGUGAGAAUCUAGACGACUCGUGUCAACGACCAAACUUCCAUGGUUCUCCGUAUGGAAAAGGCAAGCUGGAUGAGAUCUACGAGCAUGUGCCGCUACGUGGAAGCAGUUUGCAUCAUUGGUCGGCGUCGUCCGCAACACCGACAAUGUCAAGCACCAGCUCCUUUCCGCGCCCGCAUUCCCGACAUACCACGACGACCUCUGUGGAUCUGGCGACAAUGUCAUCCUUUAUGAACGAUAGUCACAGUUCGCUGUUCAGCGGCACGGGAGACCACACCUCGUUCCGCACAGCCCUCGAGAGCGCCUUGCCGUCACCCAUUGACUUGGCGGCUUCCGGCGGCGGCUUCAACAUCGACGACUAUCUCUCGUCCGAUGACGACAUCGACGCGGACUCGUUCAUCACCACCCGCAAACGAGACUCUGCUCACAGCGGGGGCCACGAGGACGAGCUCCUGUUCAGCGACAAGGGUUACGGUGAAGGAGGCCUGCAGCUGCCGGGGCUCUUCGAUAGCCUCUGCAACGUCCCGGAUCCAGACACAACGUCUCCCGAGCGUCCCGGCCUACGGUACUCGCUCAGCAACACCAGCCGGUUUGCCAAGAGGCUGUCGCUGGACCCCUGGAUCGAGGCGCCCACCUCGCCCCUCGAUGAGGGCGAGGACGAGGACGACGACAUUUACGAUAUCCCGAUGAGGUCGGACCUGGCGCUCGGCCGGAGGGGCACGCGGAGGAUCUCGGCGCUGGGGACCAUGUACCAGAGCAUCGAGGAGGAGAAGGAGGAGAAGGUCGAUGUACGGACAGCCGUGCGGCUGCGGAAGGAGGCCAAGGCGCGGCAGCGGGCGAUGACUAGGCGCAGCAAGUCGCAGCAGAGACACCCUGACGAUAUCGAGGAGAAGCGCGGCGGGUGA